CACGGACGCUACUGAAUUUGUGGACGCAGAGUCUUCUCCCGAAGAAACCUCGACAUCAACAGAAAAAUGGACCCUUGUGACUGCUCCAAGAGUGGAUCCUGCAAAUGCGGAGGAUCCUGCACCUGCACGAACUGCUCCUGCACCACCUGCAAGAAAAGCUGCUGCUCGUGCUGCCCAUCCGGCUGCAGCAAGUGCGCCUCUGGCUGCGUGUGCAAAGGGAAGACAUGCGACACCAGCUGCUGUCAAUGAAGCCAACAUCCCAACAUCAGCCAGCCGUCUACUGCCCACGUGAUGGCGCCAGCGUGAACCGUUUUGAAUCUACUGCAGUUGCAUAUGUCGAGAAUGAGUUUCUUUCUUUCUUUUUGUAUUCAAUAUUAAAUGUUUACUUAAAACUUAACGUUUUCUUCAAGGGUGUAGAUUUUGUUUCAACAUGGGGGGUUUGACCCCAGCAAUUUGAGCAUCAAACUCUAAAUCCCUGCAAUCUCGGUUUUGUUUUGUUUGUGCGUGUUUUCUGUAUCAAUUUAUGGUGGGAAUGCCUUUUCAUAAAAAUGAGUUCUAAAUAGAAUAUUAGCCAUUUUAUAUUUUCAAUAUUCUCCUG